AUGGCAUUUGUGAAGCAUCGCGAUAAACGUUAUUCACCUCCCGGAUGAGUCUUAGUCCAUUGUCGUAAUGAACAUGGAAAAUGGAAUAUUAACGAGGAUAUCAGAAGGCUACUAUCCAACGAUGAUUCAAGUAACUUCCAUGAAGAAAGUAAUCCACAUGACUUUUUCAACAGCUCAUAUCCUUCCAAUUUUACAUCAUCUGAAAAUGCAUCCUAUUGGCACCCUCACGCCGAUGCACCACUAUCAGAACAGCCUCCGUUGGAUGCUUUACAGACUCCUCAACCGAAUAAACAAUUAAAGGACUCUGGAAAAGAGACCCGAGAGACUCAAAUUACGUCUCAUUGUAUUCCCUGGGUUUGUGGAAUCGCUCUCAAUACUUUUCAGUUAGUAUUUUUGAAUGAGACAACUGGGGAUCUCAGAGCAUUCCAUUACAGAGGUAACUUGUUGAGGGGUCUCAUAACAGCUUUACCUGUUGCAUUUGCUGUCAUUAAUAUCUGUGUUCGCUUAUGGAAAUUUCAAGGACAUCGACUGCAUUUGCCCUCCCUCUCAAGAGUUGCUCCAAGUUAUUCUUGCCAACAGGAAUGCAGACCAAUAAGCGCAGGUUCGAAUAAAAAUACUAAAGUCACAGCAUUUUCGGCACAUACUGAUGGCGCUGGUCCAACCUGUAUAGCAUUAUUCUCUUCAAAUGUGGUUUCAGUUUUUCAUCUCGUAUGCUCCUUCAUGGCCUCUGUUGCUGCGUGUUUGCAAAUCACGUCAAUUUCCUUGAGCGAUCGGCAUAUCCCCUCACAGAUUCAAGCCAUAUUUAUGCAAGCAGCGGUGGGUCUCUUUUAUGCCCUGGCGCUUAUUGGAUAUAGUAGCAGACUGACUCUGGCAUCGGCUAUUACCACACGCAACAGCUAUAAUCCAGGCGAAAUGAUAAACAUGCAAGAAAAUUGCUCCCUAGUAAGCAAAUCGGACAAUACACUAACGCCCACAAAACUUCUUGAAAUUCCAAAAUUUACAAGAACGCAGUUUUUUGAUACUACCACCUCCCCCGAACCCAAUCACUGUGUAACAGCCAGCGAACCUGUACAGUUAAUUGCUGUUUAUAAACCUGUUGUGAGUUGA